AUGGAGGUGUUGAUGCGAACAUUUCCGGAGAAGACUUACGACGUCACCAAUUGCGCUGAAGCAUACGCUCUUUGUUGGCUCUGCAUCUGCACAAGGAGGACAUUGGAACUGCAAAGUGAGGAGAUCGUGCUCAAGACUUCGAAUUGCUGUGUAAAUUCCGUGCAACGGCGGCCAUAUGCACAAUUGAAUCUCCUAGAGCACAGAAGCAUCUGCUUCGGCCUGUGCAAUGCCAUCAACUCGGACCUGGCUCCUAUCAUUGAGGAUGCAGAAGGGCGCAGUCAAGGUGGUGGCAUCGUCCCAGGGUGUGGCUGUGACGCAGCAUACGUCGAGGAAAUCGUGCGCGAGAUGAACCUGAGAAAAGAAGGUCGAGGGAAGGUCGCACAAAUGAGGCAGCAGCAAUACAUGUUGGAACGGAUCACAGAGCUCUCUGUCAAGCUGCCAAUGCUGUUGAAAACGUUGGGGGUCGAGUACCCCCCAAGUGAUGCUACGCUUCGGCGACUCUUUGCCGACUCCCCACCUGAAAUGCGUCCUCUCAUGGAUGUGAUUACCAUGGAGCCAAUGCGAACAUUCGGGACGACGAACUACGAUGUGACCAACUGUGCCCAAACAUGUGCAUGCACUUCGCGGCUUCUCGAGCUGGGGCCAGACGAAGCAUCCCUCACGACGCGGCAAAGUAUCACCGGAAGUGUCAUGGUAGCCAAAACUCCAUAUGCAAACAUUGAGUCCGUCGAUGCAAUCUCGUCUUGCUGCUGCCUGAGUUUGCUCACGGCCGGGGAGCUCACCAAACCUCCUGGAAAGCCAAUUGACGAGGCCAUUAACCCAGGUUGUGGCUGCAAUGCCGCUCUCAUCGAGCAAAUUCGAGCUGAUCUUCAGGCACGUGUGGAAGUGCGAGGGAAUCAGGGCCAAAUCAAGCAGCUGGAGAAGAUGAUGAUGAAGUUUCAUGACAUGGCAGCAGAGCUGCCCCUCAUUCUGGACAAGAUCGGGGCAGACACUUCGUAUCCCCCUAAGCAAGAGACCAUGAGCAGCAUCUAUGGCAGUACGCCACCUGAUCUGUCCAACUUGGCAGUGGCUCCACAUGCAGCACCAAGCACGGACAUGCCGGUCAAAGAAUACAAUGUGCGGAACGAAACUUUAAAUUGUUGUUCCUUAGUUUCCACAUGUGGACUCGCCGGCUGCAUGACGCACACCUUAACCUUGGAGCCGGAGCAGGCAGUUAUCCGCUUCAGCAACACCUGCGCCUCCUCCACUGAGAGGAAGCCCUAUGCACAGCUUGGUUCGGUGGAUGAGUACAUUUGCUGCUGCAUCCAUAGCAUCAAUGGAAUGAGUCCAGGCUGUUGCGGCACACCUUCGACAGUGAAGGAGAUUGCUGAAGAAUUGCAGGCUCGCAAGGUGGGACGUGGCAACAUCGCGCAGCUGCGAAACCAAGAGAAUACAAUGAUCAAAGCCAUCGAGACGGACGUGCGCACAGACAUUCUCCUACACAAGAAAGGCAUCGAGUACCCUCCAUCACAGCAAACACUGCAGGCCAUCUACAGUUCUGUGCCAACACUGCCGCCAAGCGGCAGGGACGGUCAGACUCUGCACGCGAAUGCUUCGGAGCAGAUGGACACGAAGCACUAUUCCAUCGUGAACUGUUUUGAUCAAGUCUGUUGCUGCAUGUCACACAAACUUGAGCUCAACGAUGAGGAGGCCAUCUUCAGAAUGUCCAACUGCUGCAUGCAGAUGAUCUCAAGGGAACCGUAUGCUCAGCUGGGCUCAGUGGAACCAAUCUCAGGAUGCAUGGGACUGUGCAAAUCCGUCCACACAGAUAAGAAUCACAUUUGCCCCGGAUGCGGAUGCAGUCACCCGCUCGUCAACGAAAUCGCGACUGAGCUGCAGCAUCGCAAGGUCAAGCGCGGCAACAUUGCCCAGAUUCGCAUGCAGGAGAAUCUCAUCAUUGAGGUGAUCAAGCUGGGGAUCAAGUAUGAUUUGAUUCUGAACAAGGAAGGCAUCCAGUACCCGCCAAGCCAGGCAAAGAUGACAUCCCUCUUUGGUUCAGGUGCAGCAAUCCCAGAUUUGAACGCACCUGCGCCGCGCCGACCUUCCCGCAACUACGUCCAAGUCACCGUGCCAGCGGGUUUGCGAGCUGGAGAUGCGUUCCAGGUUACAAGCCCCUUGGGUGGACAGUUUGAAGUCACGGUUCCUGUUGGAGUUGUCGAGGGCCAGCAGAUUCAGGUGGAGAUUCCGGACCCCAACUCUGCGAGAGAGACCGAGCUGGCUCC